AUGGCAAUGCGCUUUGACAACCAGUGCGACGCCGAGGCGCGACCGAGCUCGGUCUUUGCCGAUAAGAAGGCUGACUCCGUGGCAGCUGGGCCCGAAGCGGAUGACGCCGACGAGGUCGAAGCGACGCAUGUCGAGUAUGACGACGAGUACACGUCCGAAGACGAAGAAGAAGGCGAUGGCCUUGACGGCAAGGACUUUGCCAUGUUCAAGGUGCUGGUCGUCGGCAUGGCGAAGAGUGGGAAGACGAGCCUCAUUCGCCGCUUCGUGCAUGGCACGUUUGCCGACAUUUACAAAACGACGGUCGGCGCCGACUACAGCGACAAGACGAUUGCUAUCGACGACACGCUGGACGUGUGCCUCCAGAUCUGGGACAUCGCCGGCCAAGACCGGUUCGCGCACCUCACGCGGCGGUACUUUGCCCAUGCCGACGCUGCGGUCAUUGUGUGCGACAUCACGAGCGAGCCGACGAUCGCAGCGGUCGUCGACUGGAAGCGCGAGCUCGACGCGUGUUGCGAUUCAUCGUCGACACCCUUUCCCGUUCUGCUCGUCGCCAACAAGUGCGACUUGCUGCUCGACGUGCCCCAAGCCCUCGAGUCGGGCGUCGCGAUUCAAAAAAUGGUGACUACGACCGGCAUCGAAGACUGGUUCCGCGUCUCCGCCAAGAGCGGCGAGAAGGUCGACGAGGCCAUGGACCUUCUCGUGACGCGCAUGGUGCAGCGCCACCGCGCCAAGCAAGCCAACGACGAGUAUGACGAGGCUGCAGUCGACGACAAGCCCGACGCCGUGAGCAGUCGCGACAUCAUCCGGCUCGAUGCCACCACGUUGGCUGCCCCACCGCCGACCGGCGGUCGCUGCGACUGCAAUUAG